CAGGCGGGCGGGCGGCCACCUACCGUACGGAAGGUGUGCACUCCUCCAGCAGGCCUUGGGGGAAGAUGGCGGCCCUGGGGGACGGUCAGGAGCCCCCUCAUGUCCUGUCCACUGUCACUUUCGAGUCACCGGAGACACCUGGAGCCUACCACCACCACGAGGCCCAGCUUCACCUCCACGGCCAUCAACAUGGCUUCCCCGGCUGCAGCCCUGAGGUGCUCUCCCAGCCACCACAGGAGGAGGAUCUCCGGGACGUGGAGGAGGUCCAGACUGGCAGAGACAUCUGCUGGCCAGAUCCCGAGUUGGAGCGCGAGCAGGCCCCGUCGUCUCCCCAGCCACGCGAUCCUGAAGACCAGGCGCACCGGGACCCGGGGGUGCUCAGGACCCUUCCGAGGAGCCUUCCCCGUAGACCCAAGUGUGGGGACAGCUUUGGGCAGGAGUGCAGCCUGGAGCGGCCGGGGCCCGGGCCCCGCCCCCAGAAGAGAGGCACCUGGCAUGGGCCGCUCGGGCUGCAGGGAGCCUCGGGGACAGAGGGCGGCCCGGGGCGCGCCGCCGAGCUGGCGGGCAGCCUCGGCCGGGGCUCGGGCCUCGGGGCCCGGCAGGGUGGCCCGCGGGGCGGGAAGCCGCACAGGUGUGAGGCCUGCGGCAAGAGCUUCCAGUACAACUCGCUGCUGCUGAAGCACCAGCGCAUCCACACGGGCGAGAAGCCGUACGCCUGUCACGAGUGCGGCAAGCGCUUCCGCGGCUGGUCGGGCUUCAUCCAGCACCACCGCAUCCACACGGGCGAGAAGCCCUACGAGUGCGGCCAGUGCGGCCGCGCCUUCAGCCACAGCUCGCACUUCACGCAGCACCUGCGCAUCCACAACGGCGAGAAGCCGUACGAGUGCGGCGAGUGCGGCCAGGCCUUCAGCCAGAGCUCCAACCUGGUACGGCACCAGCGGCUGCACACGGGCGAGAAGCCGUACGCCUGCAGCCAGUGCGGCAAGGCCUUCAUCUGGAGCUCGGUGCUCAUCGAGCACCAGCGCAUCCACACGGGCGAGAAGCCCUACGAGUGCCCCGACUGCGGCAAGGCUUUCCGCGGCCGCUCGCACUUCUUCCGGCACCUGCGGACCCACACGGGCGAGAAGCCCUUCGCCUGCGGCGCCUGCGGCAAAGCCUUCGGCCAGAGCUCCCAGCUCAUCCAGCACCAGAGGGUGCACUUCCGAGAGUAGCGGGCGCAGGGGGCGCGUCAGCAGCCUGAGGUCGAGGCGAGUUCCUGCGGAGGGCUCCUGCCUUCGCGCCUCCUGGUUGGCGCAGCCGGCGUCUCGUGCGUGUCCCGAAUAAAGUCUGUGUACUUGAUGGACGCGGGAGGAAGGCCACGUGGCUGCCCCCCAUCCCUGAGGGCUCCUCUCGGUGGAGGAGUGAGGGACCUAAGGCAGAGCCCACCGUGUGCCCUAGCGACGGAGGCCUGCGGGCAUCGUGACUUACCAGAGCCAUAGCCAGGGCGGGGUCAGGCACCCCAGGACGGGUGGUUUCCAGAUUGGGUGGGGGGGCCGGGCUGCCCGCUCUCACCCUGGGCUGUAGUCUCUGGUGGUUUGGUUCCCUCAUGCAUCUGGGAGAAUGUGUGUAGCAUGUUCUCUCUGCAGCAAGCCCUCGGAUCUGCUCUGUUUGCCUUCUCACCCUGCCUCUGCACCUACUGGUGGCUGCCUGAGGCCAGCGGGCUUCAGUGGAAGGUGUCCCCGCCCAGCCUUCAUAGCUGCCUCCAGCCCCAGGAAGCGGGGGGCCCAGGGGUUUCCCCGCUUGACAGGUCUAGGCAACUGCAGCUGGGCAUUGUCUGUAGCCGGCUUCAGAUCUGCCAUGACUGCCCGGUAGCUCUCCAGCCCCUGUGGUAAAGGGGAGAGCCCAGCUGGGUGGGGACGCCUUCUGCCUGCCUGCCUGCCUGCUCCCUCCUGGACAGCUUUGGGACCCCCCCCCCCACCUGCACCACACAUGGAGGAGUUGCCCGGCCCCUCUCCAGGGUAUAACUCCGCCUCGCCUCCGCAUCCUCUUUCCCAGUGACCCCAAUGGAGAGCCCUGUGAUUGGGCUGCCCCUCCUCUCCAGGCUACACUCCCAGGGCCCCGAGGCCAUCAAGCGCUUUGGACUCCCCCACGAGGGUCAGAACACCCCCUUGAGUCGUCUUUGCUGGUGCACUGUGACGCCCUGGAAGACGAGGGACACCCGCCUUCUCCCCAGUCCCCUGUCCCUAAUACCACGCGGCUAUUGGGUAUCGUGAAGCUUCCACCUUGGGCAGCCAGGCCGCGGAGUGGGCGAGCAGAGCCCCCAGGGCUUUCCGGGGAGCGGCGGCUCAGCCUGUGCUCCAGAAGGGUCAUCCUGCAGCCUCAGCACCAAGGCUGGACUCGGAUACCUGCACCACAACCGGACUUAGCGGGCAGCCCCAGAGCAGAGCCCAGCGGUCCUCCACAUUGUCCUAGACUGUCCUGGAGGUGGCCCGGCAGACCCUCGGUGACGGUUCAGGGCGGGAGCUCCCAGACCACUGAGCAGCAGGCGUGCAAGCUAGGAAGGCUGCCCAGAGGAGGGGAGCGUGGAAUCAACCGCCCCCAGCUGCAGCUCUUCGGUGCCAGGCGGUAAACUCAGCAAAGGCUC